AUGCGAUCGCGGCGAACGCAAUUGGGCGCGGCGAGCGACGCGGUCGUCCCGUGGCGGCUCGUGCGCGCUCGGGCUCCGCGCGCGUACGUGUUCGCGCCCACGUCCGCGGGGGCGGAUGGGGCGGUGCGGGCGGAACACGGGACGUGUCGAUUGGCGUGCCCGGCGCUUCGCGACGAGACGACGCGCGUCGAACGGGAAGGCGGGUUGCGAGACGUCGCGCGAGCGGUGGACGCGAGCGAGACGUUGAUGGAGGGGUUGGUGCGCGCGCAUGAAGACGCGCCGAGGAUACGGAGGUGGUUGCUCGGUGACGCGGCGACGCGGCGGUUGAGGAACGACGCGGCGAGGGACGGGCCGGAGAGCGACGCGGGUCGGGCGGAUUUUAUCGUGAACCACACGGGACUGGUCGGCGUGACGCUGCGCGACGUGAGGCGAGCGAAGACGUGGAAGAUUGUGAAGUGCUUGCACGCGCACUUGGCGGACUUUCUCGUUCGGGGUAGAGGGAAGAACCCGGUCGGAGGCUUGGUGUACGAUUCGCUCGUCGAACGAGGCUUUCCAGUUAAUGGGACGGAGACGUGCGCGCGGCGAUGCGGCUUGUAG